AUGGUAGACAGCCAAGGGUUCGGUGACAACGAUGGACCGGCCUUUGGCAAGAGCUCGCAAGUUGGUCUCGACUUCUGGCUCAACAAUGAGCCACUGAGGAAUGAGACGGACCGCUACUCAACCACCUUGUUCGGCGAGCAAGCUAUAAGGUUGAUCAAGGCGCGCGACCCAAAUAAGCCGUUCUUCCUCUCCCUGUGUUACCAAGCACCUCAUGGAGGCUCACCAGUAGAACUCCAGGCGCCAAGCGAGAACGUCGACAAAUUCCCGUACAUUGGGGAAAAGAAUCGAACGAUAUACGCAGGGAUGGUGGACGCGAUGGACCAGUCCGUGGGCGACGUCCUCGAGGCUCUGCAGCAGGAGCGCAUGCUGGACAACUCGGUUAUAGUGUUCAGCAGCGACAACGGAGGCUUGCCCUGGGGACUACACGCCAGCCGUGGCUUCAACUGGCCGCUACGGGGCGCCAAGGGCACCCUGUGGGAAGGGGCCACGCGGGCAGCCGCGUUCCUCUGGUCGCCCCUAGUCACCCGUAAUCGCAGGGUCUCGCACCAGCUCAUGCACAUCGUCGACUGGCUUCCCACGCUCUACCGGGCCGCCGGCGGAGACCCGUCGAAAAUGAGGCGCCUCGACGGCCGUGACAUGUGGCUGCAGCUGUGCGCCGACCUGCCCUCCCCGCGGGUCGAGCUGCUCUACAACAUCGACCCCGUGGGCGACACGGCGGCACUGCGCUACCGCGACUACAAGCUGGUGCUGGGCGUCUCGGCGCAUGGACUCUACGACCAGCGGUUCCUGACGCCCGGCGGCUCUCGGCCCUACGCGGACCUGGACCGCCUGAUGGCCCAGUCUAAGGCGGCCCGCGUGUUGAGGGACUUCUACAACACGGGCGCGUUCCUCUUUCCCAGCCAGUGGCGCCAGAGGGCCACGCUCACCUGCGGCCCGCAGGAGAGCUCCAACUUCGUGGGCGGCGAUCCGCCCUACCUGUUCGACCUGUCCAAGGACCCUUGCGAGAUGCACAAUCUGGCACCCGACAACCGAGAGCUGCUGUCCGUGCUAAUUCGGAAGCUCGCGAGCUACGCAAUCACGUCGGUGGCGCCACGCAACAAGCCCGCAGACCCGAGGUCCUACCCACAGUACCACAACGGCACCUGGGCGCCUUGGGUGAACGUCGCCUCCAUGUAG